GUCACUGCUUCGCCUUCCUUGGAAAUCCUCAUUCUCGCUCCGAAAAUUCAUUUGCUUCUGCGAAAAUGGCCUCCCUCGCGUUUACCUCCUCUCGUGUGGCCGUGCGCCCUUCGGCAGGUCGCCGGGGCACGGUGCGCGUUGCCGCUAGCGUGACCGCGGAGAAGGCUGCUCUUGACAUCACGAAGAUGACCCCCAUCCACGAUCGCGUGCUCAUUCGCCCAAUUGAGGAGGAGCAGAAGACAGCGGGCGGCAUCCUGCUGCCCAAGGCGCCCCCGAAGGCGAACUCUGACGCUCACAUUGGCGAGGUGCUGGCGGUGGGCAGCGACGUGACUCUGGCUGUGGCCAAGGGCGACAUGGUGGUGUUCCAAAAGUACGCAAUGGCCGAGGUGGAGGUGAAGGAGGGCCAGAUCAUCUUCGUGGCGGAGAAGUCCAUCAUGGGCAAGCUGGAGUAAAGCGGCUUUGGAGCUGAGCUGAGGUAAUGCUUGAGAGCUGAAGCGAGCUAAGGUGGAGCCCGUUGGAGCUCUGGGGUGACGUGGAGUUGCUGGCGGAUAUUGCUGGUUGGCUGAGCAGUGCGCAGUCACUCAUUGGAUUGAGUGUGCGUGCUUGCCGUGCAUGGAUCUGGGGGCUAGGAGCUGGAGUGCGCGUUUGGGGCACGACCCUGCAAGGAGGCAGCAGCGUAGCAGUGCCUAAAGCCACCUGCUGUGGCGAGGUGCCAUGCGGCCAGGUGUUGGGCGAAGGCUGCGCCACAAUGUGGCGGUAUUAGGCGGCGGUUAGUACAGCGGGCCUCACGACGGGGACUGCGAGGUGCUGGGGAGCAUGGGGACUGGGACGAUGUGUGGAAGGUUUGGAAGGCGUGCAACUUUAAAGGGUGCUGGAGGACAUCGCCGGGGAAGGACACCGCAGCUGUUUUACUUGACGAGCGGGUGCGGUGCUGCACCGUGGACUCUUACUUGGAGCGUGAACUGUAAGGAGGGUGUAUG